UGUAAAUGGGGGAAAGGCGCAAGGCCCUAGGGAGAGCGUGAGGAGGGCGUGAGCGCAAUCAGGGCAGUAACGUGGGUGGUUCUGGGUGUUUAAUACAUAUUGAUAAGCGCAUUAAGUUCGGGUGGAAAGAGCCACGGUAGUGAUUACACUUCACUGGAAUUUCGUCUGAAAUCACCGCUCGUCUUGCUUGGGAAAUGAAUCUUGCCAAAGUAUCGAACGCCGAGAAACUGGGAAUCUGCAAGAAGUAUUUUUACGGUGGUUUCUUCUUCCUUCCAUUUUUGUGGAUGGUGAAUGCAAUAUGGUUUUAUGUUUGGGCAUUCAGAAGACCAAGGUUUCCUGAGCAGUAUCAGAUCAAGAGAUACGUCAUCUACUCUGGCGUGGGCUCGGCCGUCUGGCUGGCGGGGCUCAUCAUCUGGCAGAUCAUGUACCAGACGCAUCGGGUCAGCUGGGGCCGCGCCGGCGACGACAUCUCCUUCUUCCUGCCCAUGGGCAGGUUGUGACUGGGCCGCCGGCUGCAGCGGGCUCCGGCGGCGGCGGCCCCACCACUCGCCGGUCGGCUCGUCGGAGGUCCGGGGUCGGGCAUCGCCAUAGCGUUGAUGCGUGAGUGAUUGGAGCGCGGCCGCCCCCGCCGGCGUGGAGGUGCCGUGCGGGGCGGAAGUGACAGACGCGUGCGCUCGUCCUCGGUGGGAUGUGGCGUCAGCCAUCAUGUCAGGCCAUUGGUCGGCGCACUCACGGAGUCCAAUGGUGAUCAAACUCAUGGGAAAUUACGGCGAGUGAUUUACUCGCGCCGACUUGUGCUUUUGUGCGUGUAAACAUGAACACCUUACAUCGCAUAUGAUUUAACUUGUAUAGCAACUCACGGCUAUCAAAAGCAUCUGGCGACGCUAAAAUAACCAGUGCACCGUAGCAGAGGGGUCCCAAAAGCAUUACUGCCACUGUAUUAUUGAUUCCCAAGUGGUAAUGCCACUUUGCAUAGGCACUAUUACAUGCCGCUAGUUUGUGGACGUAAAGAAAUACCUGUUUAACUUUAGUUGAGCCAAGCCCUUCGGGUAAUAUUGACAGGCGUAUACGUGCCUGCUAGGUUGUCGCGAAGGUUCAGGUGCAGAACAGGUAAGCAUGUAGUUACUACAAACAUCGCAUUCCAAAACAAAUCAUAUCUGCCCUGCAAAAUGACCACAUCAUCCGUCAUGUAUUCCGCGAGGCUCAUCUAAAUGACAAAUGUUCUCAAACUUAUAUAAACGUGUCCAUUUU